AGCACAGAAAUCCUCAACACUUCUAUAAAUCUUUUCUAGCAGGCAAACUUUGUCUUCUGAUCUAAAUAGAGAUCAUUUUAUAUCGGGAGAUUUGCUGUGGAUCUUUUAGAGAGGAUCAAAAUCAUCUGCUGGUCUAGAGCAGAGGAAUAUGAGUGUGGUGGGGGCUGCUGGGAUUGGAGGUCUCUGGAGGAGUCGGCCAUGAAAGAUGUCAACUCUCUCCUUGCUGAGCCGAGGGAAUGCCCAGGUAGUCAAAAAUACCCAAAAGAGGAUAGAAAUCCACUAUGAACCAGAGGAUUACUUCAACUGGAGAUCCCACCAUGAUUUUCAGCUCAGAAGAUCCCUGAAUGGAAAAUAUACUUCCUACAACUAUUGGGAGAUUCCCACACACAAAACAUACAGCACUAAAAAGGGGCCCCUGGUUCUUUAUUCUGAAGAUUUGGCAAUGCGGGCAUGGAAUUUGACACAGGACAGGCGUGGUCAUAGAAGUCAUCGAUAUAAGAGAAAAAAGUUUAAGAUUGAGCUCAGCACUCUUCUGGAUUUGUCUGGAGCUAUUCUAUCCUAUGGCCGAAAACAGAAUUUCCAUACCGAUUCCCACUGGCAGCCAUACCUACAUUUUCUAAAUGAAGAGGAUAUUCAGUAUGACAGACAGAUCCGGCCUGGUUAUUCACCCAAAAGAUAUCUUACUCGUCUUCUCCAGACGUGGGAUCCAAACUACCUUUACAAAUUGCAACAAGCAGGAAGCCUUAGGGACUCGGUUCAGCUUCAACAACUGACCGGCUAUUCAGGAGAGUAUAGUGGAAGACAUCCAGACUUGUCAUCUACUCCCUUGAAGUAUCAGCGUCUGCCUGUUUUUACUUACCUUCCCCACUGGACAAAUACCAAUCCUGUCACAAGUCCAGGACGGUGUACCCCAGUGGAGGAAGAGACUGGAAAUGAGGAAGAACUGGGAGCUGAUACUGAAACCCUUGAAGUAUUUGGAAAGACGUCAGCUGUACCAUUAUCUAGUACUGGAACCUUUAGAAAGUCAAGCCCUGAACGAAUCAAAUCACACGUUACACAGAGUUCCUGGAAAACCAAGGAGCACUAUAACUCACACUUGGGAGAAACAAAGCACAGUCAAAUAAAUGGAGAUGAUACAAUAAUUAAUAGGAGUGACUAUUAUGAAAAGCCUCCUGUUCCUUUGGAGGUGUCAUUUGGGAAGGACAAUGCUUCACUCACUCACAAGAAGCCACACACUACCUUUUACGGUGGCCCUUUUACUGGUCGAAGGAAAUACACUUAUGGUAAACAGGACCUAAUGAGACUGUACAAUGAAAAUAUCGAUCAUCUUCCAGAGGGUCCAUUCUUGCCACCUAUUUCUCAAUCUGUUGGCCCAGAACUUGAAGUCAUGAGAGAUAUUACCAAGGAACCCUUAAAGUUACCCCCAAUUACGGAUGAGUCCAUCAGAAUUCCACAAAGAAAGAGGAGGCGCAAAGCUGCAGAUCCACCAAAGGAACUUUUAAUCAUACCACUGCUUGUACGUUUUGAGAAUCAGAAAGUGACCCAAGAAGAAAAGACAAACACAGACGGGAACACAAAGGCUGUGCCUAUGAACAAUGAUGAAGAAAAAAUGAACAAUAAUCUACAGAGCCAAAAGGUGUAUAAGGAGGAGCCAGUUGAUCCCAAACUGGUGAAGGAGAUCCCAACUGCAGUAGCAGAAAGCAGAAUCAAAACAUUACAGAUGGAUAUUGAUUGGAAUUUAGAUCCAAACCGAGAUGGUGACCCUCUACCACUGCCAGAUGCCCCUCCUUUGAGUUUACUACCCCCUAUAAAUGGGAAGAAGGGACCUGGAAGCCAAAGCAGUAUGGCAAAUUUAAAGGUCCCCAACGGCAGCAACAACAACACAUCAAGCUCCAAAGGUCAAAGUCUACCCACCGGCAUAAUUCGUGGAUCAAUACCUGAAGAGCUCAAAGAGUGCUGUAAAGGUGGUUCUGUGGGCAGUCUAAUAAUGAGCCCUAAUGGGGAGAUUGUCUGCCUUUCCCUAAUGGGAUCAGCACGAGAUACAGAUAUUGCCAUCCGCUUUGACUUUAUAGCCGAAGAAGAUGAAGAUGAUUGCCCCCCAGUGGAAUCUGUAGCUCAGGAAGAACAAUGGUCUGGCAGCCAACAGGAUUCAGAGAAAGCAAUGGAUGGCUCUGACUCUUCAUCUGUCCAGAAUCCAACAAAUUUAGUAGGAAGAAUGGCUUCACCUCAGCACUACAAAGAACCACCACAACACAAAGCAAAGAAAGGACAGAGGAAGAUUACAGACAUACAAGAAGAUACUGAUGAUGUAUUUGAUCAGCAGUCUGUUGCCGAAGAGAUUCAUGAGAAUCCCAGUGAGGAAAGAGAAGCAAGAAAAGUGAACAAGAAGGAGGUGGAGAGUGAUGUGGAGAGGGAAACAAAUACUGGGACCAGUAAAGAAUUCCGCAAGUUGGAGGCCAGGUCUACAGACACUUCUGCUACAAUGAACAGCCAGGAAAGCUUGAACAUCAGUGAUGCAUAUUCUCUUCAAGAUAUUGAUGCAGUCACAGGAGAAAGUGAUUUACAAAAUGAUGGAGAGAUAAUGCAGUCUCCGCGGUUGGAGCAGCACCCUUCAAUACCUGUUAGGUAUGCUGCACACAUGAAGGAAACAUAUGAAAAUAUAGAACUGCUGAUGAAGCACAUCCAGUACACCAAGUUUAACUGGAAUAUCUGUGGAGAUCUAAAAAUCAGAUAUGUCAUCAAUGACAAUCGGUUCGAAGAUUUGUUAGUGGGACCAGAGGAAAUGGCCUGGAAAGUAUUCAAGGAUGUUGUUGAGAAUGGUCUUGGCAACUACAAAGCACCAAAAUACAUUCAGCUGGUUGACAAACCUAAUACAGCAUACAAGACCAUGAAGUGCAAUAUAACAAGUGCCAGACUCACUCUGGAGCAAGAAAAACUAACCAAUGGAAAACCAUCAUCUGGAAAAGAUACAUUGAAGAAACAAGAAGAGAAUAUUCCCAAAGCUGAAGCUCAAGCUCCCCCUAUUGUUCCAGAUGAGUAUAACAUGAAGCAAGAACCAAACAUUAAAGGUAAAGGAAAACAAGCAACCAAAAUACAAAAGGAUCACAAUAUUUCAAAGGCAAAUUCUCCAAAGGAAGGCAGGAAAAUCCAUGAAAUAAACAAAGAUGUAGGGAAAGAAACAAAUGAGCAAAAAGAGAAGAUGUCUGGCCUUAAUCCGCAGGCAGAAGUCACACAACAGGAGAGUCCACCAGGAAAGCAGCAAACGACUGAAGAAGAAGAAAUGGUGCUCUUAGAAGAAAUUACCAACAAUGCAGGUUAA